AUGGACGUCGAUUUAGAUUUUUGUUUGAAGCGUUUUGCUAAUGAACAAUUGGACGAUAAUAUCAAGGAAGUUGCUCAACUUCAACGUAAAAUAAAAACAAUGCGUACUAAACUUACAGAAAUAUCACAAGAAGAUGAUAAAGCAAUAUGUCAACAAGAAAAUAUACUUGCGGAUAAUUUCUCAAAUGAUCUUAAUAAAAAUAAUAUAGCUAUUAGUACAACACGUCAAAUGAUUGAAAAUGAAUUUCGAAAAGCUCUUGAUGAUAUUAAAAUUGAUAUUGAUAUUAUAGCUCAAAUACCAAUAAUGAGAAAUAAUAAUCGAGAAAAUAAUGAAGAAAUACGAAUGGCUAGUAAUAAAAUACGUCAACAAAUUAUAAAUAUUGAUAGUGAAUUAACUCAUUUAUUUAAUAUGAUAGAUUCUAACAAUUCUAUUCAUUCUUGUUCUCGAGUUUUAAUAUGGUUUCGACAACAUUAUGGAUAUAUAAAUGAACUCAAUCGAAUAAUCGGUAAAAAUACUAAUUCUGGUGAUCUAUUUGCUUUUUCUGAGAAAAGUCCACUUAUGCAUUGGGUUAUGGAACGUGCACCACUUUGGAUUCGUCGUCAGAAACUUAUCGUUAAAUUUAUUCAUGAAAUGGAUGAAGAUUCAAUUACUAGUAAACAUCUAAUUGAUUCUCUUAAUCGCACAACAGAUACAUCUAAUGCAACUAAAUUUAUUCAACAUUAUAUUCAAGAUCGACAAGAAGCAAGACGUCAUCGAAGAGAACAAUUAUUACACAAACUGGAAAUUAAACUUGAAGAACAACUUGUCGAACAGCAAACACGAGCAACUGAAUUAGUUAGUGCAUUAUGUCAAUUAUCUGCACGUUUAUUAAGUGAAUUUCAAUUGAAUAUGAAACUUAAAAAAGUACUCCAUCAAGUAGAAACAUCCAAACAAAUUGUACCUAUUCUAAUAGAUCAUAAUGAAGAAAAAAAAGUUGAUUUUUUAUUGAUUAUACGUCUUGAGGGUAACUACAACAUAUGGACAUCGAAUAAAAAUUCUAUUCAAGAACGAUUCUGUUCGGCAUUCUGUAGAAUCAUGCAAGUAUCAACUGAUUCUCUUAGAAUUGAUCAUAUUGAAGAAAGUGGUGUCAUUCUUCAUCUUAUGGUUCAUGCACCUUAUGGUCCAUUCGUUAUCAAACAAAUAUCUGGACGUGGAAAAGAUAAUGAAUUUUCUACGUUAAAUAUUCAAACUAUUCAGAAAUGUUGUGCAAAAUUUGGUAGUCAAAUACAUUCAAUUGUUUUAGGUGAAUGUACUUUACCUAUUGAAAAGUGUUUGAUGGAUUUCAAAUGGAAUAAAAUGCGUAUUAAUGAUAAUCGAUUAACUGAUAAUACUUAUGGAUUUGAUUCAUUCGAUCAAGAAAAUAAAGAAUCUGUAUGUCCACAAGGUUGGAAACGAAUCGGUAUUAAAGUGGCAGAAAAUGAUGCAGACUUCGAUGUUCAAUGGGGUUCAUGGCAUAUUGCCUAUCAUGGUACACAAGGUUCCUAUGCACCAUUUAUUUUAUCAUCAGGCUUACGCGUAUCAACUGAACAAUAUUUUAUAUCUAGAAAUCAUCAAACCAUUUGUUUAUCACCAAGUAUUGAAUAUGCGGCUCAUCCACGGCAUACUCGUCUAUGGAGAAAUAUUCCAAAUGAUGGUGAAAAAUAUCGAUAUUAUCAACUCGUAUUUCAAUGUCGUGUUAAUCCAGCUGUAAUAGAUGAUCCUAAACCUGAAACAUUACUUCAAGAUAUUCACAAAACUACGCGUAUCGAUAACGAUAUUCCUAAUGAAGAACUCGAAUGGAUUAUACAAGCUACACAAGAACGUAUUCGUAAUUAUAUUGUUUGUUAUGGUCUUAUGAUUCGAGUGAUUGAUUGUGAACCGAGUGAUCUUCCGAUCUUAAAUUGGUGGAAGAAUACACAUUACAAUGAAUAUUGA